AUGGUUGCGACUGGGUCGUUCUACUUCCUCCAACUUAGUCAAGCUAGCGGCAUCCAUGAGUAUGCUCAGGCUGCAGAAGCGCUUGGCGUCCAGCGUCUUGCGAUGCGGCAAGAAGAAGGUGUGGUUGGAUCCCAAUGAGACCAAUGAGAUUGCCAAUGCCAACUCACGCCAACAGGUCCGCAAGCUGGUGAAAGAUGGCUUGAUCAUCAGGAAACCAGUGACAGUCCAUUCCCGCGCUCGCUGCCGCAAGAACACACUGGCACGUCGCAAGGGACGUCACAUGGGCUAUGGGAAGAGGAAGGGUACCGCCAACGCUCGUAUGCCAGAGAAGCUGUCAUGGAUGCGGCGCAUGAGGAUUCUGCGGCGACUCCUGCGCCGCUACAGGGAGUCCAAGAAGAUUGACAGGCACAUGUACCACAGUCUGUACCUGAAGGCCAAGGGUAAUGUGUUCAAGAACAAACGCAUCCUCAUGGAGCACAUCCACAAGCUGAAGGCGGACAAGGCUCGCAAGAAGCUGCUGGCUGACCAGGCUGAGGCUCGUCGUACGAAGACAAAGGAGGCUCGCAAACGUAGAGAAGAGCGUCUGCAGGCCAAGAAGGAGGAGAUGAUCAAGAACUUGUCCAAGGAGGAAGAGGCUGCCAAGUAGUAAUGCCUUUAAACCGUUUUUUGUUAUUAAUAAAUUGGGUAAAUAUAACUGGA